CAUCUACGCAGACAAUGAAGAUAUUAGGAAUAGUAACGCUGCUCUGUGCCUUGGAUGUCAUCCUUGCUGAGAAAGUACGGUUCGAUGGCCACAAGGUGCUGGACAUUGUUCCGAAGACAGCAAACGAUGUUCACAACAUCGCAAAUAUGGAGGAGCAAUUCCAGCUUGACUUCUGGCAUUAUCCCAAGUACAUCAACGACAGUUUUCACGUGAGAGUGAGUCCAAAUGAUCUCGAACCAUUCCUGUCUAAACUCCGAGAGAUGGAAGCAACCGUAAGAGUUUGGAUUGAUGACGUACAAAGAAUGGUGGACAUGGAGGAAAGACGUCGACGAGAGCGGCGUUCAACAGAGAUUGAUAUUUUGAAGACCUAUCUCACAUUUGAUCAAAUCAACGCCUAUAUUGCCGGACAAGCUGCCCAACACUCAAACAUGAAAGUGUCCUAUCUCCAAAACAAUACAUAUUUGGGGAAGAGCAUACCUGUAGUAAAGAUUACUAACCUGGUUGAAGAAGCUAACAAGUCUAUAUUCAUAGACUGUGGAAUACAUGCCAGAGAGUGGAUAUCCCCUGCGUUUUGUUUGUUUGUUAUCAAAAAGUUACUGUCAGGAAAGAGGCAGGAAAACGCCCUCCUCGCCAUGUACAAUUGGCAUAUUGUUCCAGUACUAAACCCGGAUGGCUAUGUCUUCAGUCACACUGAGAAUCGUCUUUGGCGAAAGAACCGUAGGCAAAACCGCAACAACGGCAAGUGUCCAGGAGUGGAUUUAAACCGUAACUUUGGUUACGAAUACAACCCAGGUGUUGGGGGUAGCAAAAGGCACUGUUCGCAGAUAUACACGGGUGCUAAUGCCUUUAGUGAAGCGGAGUCGGAUGGUCUGCGUCGUUAUAUCAUGGAUAAUCUGGACGAAAAUUUCCUAUCCUAUUUGACGAUUCAUUCGUAUGGUCAGAUGUGGCUUUACCCCUGGGGAUAUAAAGCUGAAUAUCCCGAUGACGUUGUAAACUUGAGUUUAGCUGCUAAGUAUGCGACUGCUGCACUUAAGAGUGUCAUUGGAACAGACUAUGUAGAAGGAACAUCAACAGAGAUAUUAUAUUCUGCAGCAGGAGGAUCCGACGACUGGGCUAAGGGCGGAGCUAAUAUUACAUAUUCGUACACGCUCGAGCUGAGGGAUACGGGGUUCUUUGGAUUCACACUUCCUGAAAAUCAGAUCGAAGACACCGUUUUAGAGACAUGGGAAGGAGUCAAAGCUCUGGCCUUCUUCAUUGCAAACGAGUAAAAGGGGUCAUGAUGUCUUGUUCGUGUUUCCUCUUAACAGUCAAGUGGCCUUUAGUCAUGUUGUUAACUCGGAUAUUGUUCUUUUUUGUUAUUGCUGUGAAAAGAUUGGCAAGCGAGCCUUUUAAGUUUCACUAUAUGUGUCAUCCACGUAGAACGUUGGGAGGAAAUACAGACAAACAAGACUCCUUUUAAGCUUCUAAAAUUAAAAGCUGGAAAUAAAAUGUUUAAAAAAAGUAGCAGUACUUUCUCUUUUUGAUUGUUCCUAUGACAUCUGUAUAAACAGCUAAA